CAAAAGCCAAGCCCUGUGGACUGCAAUUCAAUGUUCAAAUUUGAUGGCAAAAAGUAAUUCAAUAAUUCAGAUCUAGAUGCCAUCUUCAUUACUUUAGAUUCGUGUAAAGUCAAAUCAUGCCAAAACAAGAAGCUCAAUCAUGUCGACUAGCUUGACUUUCCUAACUGGAAGCCAUAAAGCAGCUGCCCACCCCUUCUUAAUUUGGUAGGAGCUCUUCAUGUAAUUUACUAAAACAUAUGCUAUAAAACUCAUGUCCAAAGUGUAACAAAACGAUUGGUGUCCUGAUGUUCAGUGGAACAUUAAGGCACCUCUUUGGUGCAUAUGCAGCCCUUCUUUUUCUACAGAUCAUAGCCAUCCACCAUAGCUGCAGCGCUAGAAAGAACAGCAAUUACUGCUCUCCCUCUUCCUGUGGAAACAUCCAUAAUAUCAGCUACCCUUUUCGAUUAAACACCGACCCCAAAAGCUGCGGCCACAAAAGUUAUGAACUUGUUUGUGAAAACAAUCGUCCAACUUUAUACUUGAAGACGGUAAAAUAUUAUGUUCAGGCGAUCGAAUACAGUAACUUCACGGUUCGACUUGUGGAAGCUGCUGUUCAGAAGGAUGAUUGCUUCUCCAUCCCUCAUCGAUCUCUUAUCGCAUAUGAUAAUUACAUCAGCUACAGGAACUAUCUUCCAUAUAACUUUGGGUUCGAUAAACUUCGCACCGACUUUAUGACCUUUAGAUUAACUUUUAUAACUUGCGAAAAUCCUGUACUGAGUCCUCCAGACUACAUAGUGGAUGCUUCUUCUUGCAAAAAUGGAAAUUCUACUGCCUAUAAUUCUACGUUCAGCUCCCGCAAUGCGGAAGGUUACUCCUAUGUCAUGGUUGCUGCCGACUUGCUGAAGGUACCGGACUUAUGCCGUAUAAAUUUGAUCUAUUCUGCCCCUGGAUCUGUUAUGCCAGAAAACAUGACCAGUAUUUCCUAUAGAGAUGUCCAUGAUAUUUUGUUAUAUGGAUUUGAGCUUUCAUGGUACUCAGCUUGUUGUGAUUCUGUCAAUGAGAUCCAGUACUGCAACUACGAUAGUACAUAUUGUGAUUCAUACGGCCUCAAUGGUGCUCCUAUCAGAGUGGCAAUAGACUUUCUGACUAAUCGUAUACUCAGUUAUCUCAUCUAUGGGCCGAUAACCAAGUAUUUUCCAAGCGGGACAUGGAUAUACUAUUCAAGAAGAGGGGGACAACCGCAUUUGGGAUUCCGAAUUUACAAAGAAUACUAUACGUAUGUUGGGACCAAGACCAUAUCUUCAGAUUUUCUCAGCAUAAUCAUAGUUUUGCUCAUAGCACUACUUAUUUUCACUGUGAUAUUUCGUGCAAUAUUAUUCUUUUUUGGGCUUUCAUGCCUCGUGACCUAUUUAAUCUACACAUGGCGAAGAAGGCACUUAUCAAUGUAUGACACCAUUGAAGAGUUUUUGCAGAGUAAUGACAAUCUCAUGCCUGUAAGGUAUUCUUACUCAGAGAUUAAGAAGAUAACAAAUGACUUCAAAGAGAAGUUGGGUGAGGGGGGCUUUGGCUCAGUUUAUAAAGGAAAGCUUCGUAGUGGUCGUUUUGCAGCAGUAAAAAUCUUGAGCAAUUCGAAAGCUAAUGGACAAGACUUUACCAAUGAAGUUGACACCAUCGGAAGAAUUUACCAUGUCAAUGUGGUGCAGCUUAUAGGCUUUACCGCCGAGGGAUCAAAACGUGGUCUUAUAUAUGAGUUCAUGCCUAAUGGUUCCCUUGAUAAGUAUAUUUUUUCUAAACGAGGUAGUGUCACAUUAAGUAAAGAGAAAAUGUUUGACAUUUCUCUUGGGAUUGCUCGUGGCAUUGAUUAUCUACAUCAAGGUUGUGAUAUGCAAAUCUUGCAUUUUGAUAUCAAGCCUCACAAUAUUCUUCUCGACGAGAAGUUUGUUCCAAAGAUUUCAGAUUUUGGAUUAGCAAAAUUGUACCCAACAAAUAAUGGCAUUGUGGCCCUCACUGCGGCUAGAGGAACAAUGGGAUACAUUGCUCCUGAAUUGUUCUACAAAAAUAUCGGAGGCGUGUCUUACAAAGCAGAUGUUUACAGUUUUGGGAUGUUGUUAAUGGACAUGAUAGGAAGAAAGAAGAACUUGAGUGAAUUGGUAGUCGAUGCAAGCCAAAUCUACUUUCCUUCGUGGGUUUAUGAGCAGGUUUGUGAAGGAAAUGACCUAGAAGUACUAGGAGACACCACAGAGCAAGAAAAGAAGAUAACAAAGAAGAUGAUUAUAGUGGCAUCGUGGUGUAUACAAUUAAAACCCGAGAAUCGUCCCUCAAUGCAUGAAGUUGUAAAGAUGCUCGAAACUGAUGUUGAAUCCCUGCAAAUGUCUCCUAAACCUUUUCUCACCACCUCGCAACAAAUGCCAAAACAUGAUGACGUGACCAAUCAAUCAAAUCCGUCAAGUUAUUGUAUAAAUUCUUCAUAUCAGUUUGGUCGUUAAUAAAUAUAUAAUUGUUUGUUCAUAAA